CAGGGCAUUGGCACCACGAAAUGUAGCAAUGACACACGGAAGUAAGCUAAAUGAUACCAUAUGAAAAAUAAGCUCCCAUUGAACUCGGCAAUGCAGUAGUUCCGCAUAGGACAAUCCGUUCGACAGUCCUCGUUGACCAUCCAGAUAGUAUUUAUCGUUCUGCCAUUUCAGUUCGUUCAUGUUUAAAUUUAAAAAUAUCGCGUACAAAUUAAACAAUGAGCGAUCCGAACAGGAACAUGGAAGAAAACACGAAAUCUGGUAUAAAAACCAAAUGGUGGGGAGCCAUGUGCACACCACAAUGUUGCGGUUGCUCCAUCAAAUACGUUGUAAGUAUUCCAGGCCUCUUACGGCUUCUUAAUAUCGCACUUGGAUUCAUCUGCCUUGGCCUCUGGCUUCCUGGCUAUGAGGAUGAAUUUACUGGCCAGCGCAUCAACUCAAAUGGGGAAACGGAUCGAGGAUAUGGAAUUGGGUGGAAACGAGAAGCUCUCAACCAGUUUGUUCUGGCAGCAAUCCUCAUCAGCCUUGCGACGUCGAUCGCUGUGUUGGUUGGGAUCGUUGUGGUCAGAAAUGCGGCGAACGAUUGGGUCAGAUUGAACAAGUUCGUGCAUCUUUUUGUCUUUGUGCUCCUCUUCAUGGGAAGCGUCGCGGGGGCCUGUGGGGUUUGGUACUUCAACGAGAACUGCUGUCAUGUGGAGAUGGAGGUGGACAUGACGGGGUUAAUGUUUUCGUUGGCAGCAAAGGAAAACAAUUAUUUCCGCCAUUGUCACUGUUACCUCACGAGAUAUCUAAAUCUGGGGGAUAAGUUUGUUCCCUCAGCUAAAGAAACAAUGCUGUAUGAUGCAUUAAGACAUCCAGACGUCUCGCAGUUCAAUCAGAGAUGGUCGUUUUCUGCACACCACUUGAGUCAACAUGUCGCAACUAUUUUCAUCAUGUCGCUGAACGACAUUAUCUAUCUUCUUGGCUCACGCUUUACAAAUCCAAGGCGAAACCAAAAAAUUUCCAUGACAUGAUGCAAAUGAGGAGUGUAGCGGUAAUUUAAAGAGCUUAUGUCCAUUUGAGUUUUAUUUCGGACUUCAAGAGAUUUUUUAAAUACCGACAAUAUGUGUCAUGUGUAUGUCAUGCUUACAACUCACCCUAUCACCACAAUCGCACCACCAUAACUGAAAGAGAUUUGAUGUCAUGUACUUAUUAAUUUGACCUGAUUAAUCACCGAACUUAUUUUUUGCAAUAAUAAAAUGUGUGCUUUCAAACGAGUUAUAAAUAUA